AUGUUCUUUCAACUUUUCAUUGAUAUUCUUCACAAUACACAAUCUGAUAAUGCACAAUCAUUAUCCGCAAAACAAGAUUUUAUCAAUCAUUUCAAAACUAUCUUUCGAGGAAAUUCAGAUGAAGAAUGUCUAAUAGAUGAAUUUGAAAAGGAUUAUCAUCCUCAAAUGGCUAUUAAAUGGUAUACUCGUCCAACAUUUCUCUUUCGAACAUUAAACAAAGCACUUCGAGAGUCAGACUUCGAAAUUCUAUUCGCUUUACGAUUUUUCAUUGUCGAUUUGCAUCAACAACUAACGAUUGAACAUAAAAAAUAUCUCGAAUCAUAUAAGUCAAAUGAUCCUAUUCUUCAAGUUUAUCGUGGCCAAAACAUCGAUGUGAAAGAACUAAACUACAUUUGUCAAAAUAUCGGACAAUUUCUUUCAAUGCAAAGUUUUAUUAGUACAAGUACUAGUCGACAAGUUGGUCUUCUCUAUGUACAAGGAAGUGCACCUCUUACGACUGAUAGAACUCGUAUUCUCUUUCAGUUCAAUAUUGAUACUCAUCUAUUGAAUACAAAACCCUAUGCUAAUAUUCGACAUUUAUCAUUUUUCAUAGAUGAAGAAGAAGUAUUGAUAAUGUUAGGUAGUAUAUUCAGAAUUGAACAAGUGGAAUAUGAUCAAAGUGAACAAAUUUGGAUUGCUACCUUGAGUCUUUGUAGCGAAGAUGAUUUUGAGUUAAAGGAUUUGAUGAAACAAGUGAAGAACGAAGUUGGAAUGCAGAUUACAUCGUUAGGUUAUCUCUUAGUCAAACAAGGGAAAUAUCCCCAAGCAAGAAGUUAUUUUCAACAUCUUUUACUAAAUAAAUCGCUAUCAGAACAUGAUCAACUAGGAUGCUAUUAUGGCCUUGCUGCAGUUGCUAAGCGGCUUAAAGAAUAUGAUAAAACUCUAGUGCAAACUCAAAAUAUGCUUAGAUACUACGUCAAAUAUAAUGACCAACUGUCUAUCGCAAGAACUUUCGUCUUGAUUGGUGAAAUUCUAUGGCGUAAACAAGAAUUUGACUUGGCACAGUUCUAUGAAGAAAAAUCACUUGAAAUUCUACUACCAAAUAACGAUCCAAACAUGUCAAGUGCUUAUCUGAUAAUGGCCUCUAUUCAUGGUGAUAGAAAUGAAUUUGACUUAUCUCUGAAAAACUUGGAGAAAGCAUUUGAAAUAUAUCGUCAAAAUUUGCCAAACAAUCACGUUGAAUUUGGUGUUCUGUAUGAGACCAUUGGUGUGACAUACGAUCGCAUGAAAGAUUAUAAUAGUGCUCUAGAAAAUUUUGUUAAAGCAAAUGCAAUCUAUCAGAUUGCUUUGCCUCCAAAUCAUCCAAGAAGUUUACAUUUAAAGAAAAAUAUUCAAAUGGUCAAAUUUAAAGUUAAAGCAGCUCAAUAUUCGUGUUUCUUGUAA